CUGAAUAUAUAUUCGGAAGUAACUUUCAACAACGAGGAAGAAUGAGACCUCUUCAAGCGAAAUUCUUGAGAUCAAGUACAGCUAGCUUCCUUCCCAUGACUUAUAUCCCAACUAACAAAUUCUGACAGCUGCUAGUUGAUAUGCUGCAACUCGCGGCCGUUGGCCACUCGGAAGAUCGUCGGUAUGUCAAAAUGCGGGGCACUCGACAAGUGUGCUGCAAACGCGGGAAACACACUUCGCCAUCAGUGGUCGAACUCCGUGAUCGCAACGGAAUUGAUGUUUUUAUGUACAACGCUGUCACGUGUACUGAUAUCGUAUGAGAAAGGCGUAUGAAUAUUUAUCCACAGGACGCGCAGCGCCCCACGACGGUGGUGGGGAUGUGGCGGCUGUGGUGGGGACUCGUGCUCGGUGCUUGGUUGGUCCAGUGUGAGGUAAUGUUUAGGUUCGGGUUUAGGUUUAGGUUUCGCGUUGUGCCUGGCAGAAUGGAAAUAGGAAGUAGGGAUCCGCAUGCGAUGAGCAACGAAAGGUUGGUGAGGUUGAAGGCGGUGGAAGAUGAGGCGAUGAUCGUCCAACCAAGGUGGGACGCUCGGUACCCCUUUUUAGUGGGGUAGAGAGAUAGCCGAAGCGGGUUGAAGGACCCC